GACAGACGCGUUAGCGUCACUGAACAACAAUUUAAACUAGAUGAUAUAAAAGUCAUAUUAAGUAAACAGUGACUCAACAGAUAACUAAUGUGAGUGUAUCGAGAGGUGGAGCAGCACUGGGAGCAAAGGAUUGUUUCAGUUUUACAUUGCAGAAAUGAAAGUGAAAGAAAUGAAUCGUUUCAAGUAAACAUCACUCCGGUUUUUACAAGAAAUACAUCUCCGUACAUACACACAGCCAGCUUUUCUCCUGUUUUCAGCCUGACUUCUGUGUUUUGCCCAAGUGGCAACCUGCAUGUCUGUGAAGUGAAGCCAAUGGCAAAGUGCCAAAAACUGCAGUUACUGUCAAGCCGGACUCAAAACAGGACUCUAAACUCUAAACUACUUUUUGAAAAGGUUAUCAAAAUCACUCACCAAGAGGAAAAACAACAGGCUGCAAAACAUUAACUGAAAGCACUCCAAGGAGGCUGAAAAACACUACACUAUGGAACAAAAAGGCUAGACUAAGUAUUUACAACAACAACAACAAAAAAAAAAAAAUCACUCAAUCGAGGAAUAUAAACAAAAGAACACUCAAGCAACAAGGCUAUGACUAUAGACGGACAAGGAAACAAGGCUUUGGCGAUCGAUCUGAUAACAAAACACUUUGGCACAAGACAAAGGGAGACGCAGACAAUAUAUACACAGGGUAAUGGGGAACAGGUGGAAACAAUCAGGGCAGGGAAGACAAUUAGACCGGUGACACAUGAGGAAGGGCAAGUGACCUGAAACGAGAGGGCAGGUAAAUAUCAAAAUAAAACAGGAAAUGACGAGACAGAACAAAAACCCAACUUGACCUCACCGCGGUGUGACAGUUCCCUGAACGGCUACUUGAGGCUGACUAUAAAACAAGUCAACCUCCAUAAGCCCCCAUGUUAAGAUUUCCAACUUCACAGCAGAAAUAAACAUUUUAGUGAUUUAGACUAUUACCAUAAAAUAAUAUUGCCUCUAAAUUGUCCGUAGGUGUGAAUGUGAGUGUGAAUGAUGUGUGUCUCUAUGCCCUGUGAAGACCUUGCGACAUGUCCACGGUGUACCCCGCCUCUCCUCUCCAUAGGCUCCAGCCUCACCGUGACCCUGAUGAGCAUAAGUGGUUACAGAUAAUGCACGGAAGGAUGACAUGUCUUUUAACUACUGUGUCCUCUCUGAAGAGCCAUUACUAUGUUCCAUCUGUCUGGAUGUGUUCACUCAUCCAGUCACCAUACCGUGUGGACACAACUUCUGCAAAAAAUGCAUCACCCGAAACUGGGACUUAAAAGGGAAAUACGAGUGUCCCUUGUGCAAAGAUAUGUUCAUCAGAAGACCUGUGCUGCGUGUCAACAGUGUCUUAUCUGAGAUAGCUGAUCAGUUCAGGCAGUCGCCUCUAAAGAAACCUGACAUAUCCUCAGAACAACAAUGUAACAAAUCAUAUGUUCUGUGUGACGUCUGCACUGAAACCAAACUGAAGGCUCUGAAGUCCUGCAUGGUGUGUAAGACGUCCUACUGUAAGACUCACCUGGGGCCUCAUUGCACAUUCCCAGGCCUAAAAAGACAUAAACUGAUUGAUCCUGCUGAGAAAAUGCCUUCUCCUCCAGAGACUGGAUAGAGGUCAGAGUUCACUCAUCAUAUGCACUGAGGACUUGGAGGACAGCUGUGGCUCAGCUGGAGGAGACACAGAGUCAGUACACAGAGAAGGAAGCUGCCCAUGACCUGCAGGGUCAUGUUCAUCACUUCUUCUUUUAACCACACUGUGUGUCAGGAAACUGAGGAGACUUGCUGUCAUCUUUAAAAUAUUUUUUUAUUUUCUUAUUCUUGCUUGAUGUAGGAUUUCAGCUGCUUCACGGUUCAUGGUCUACAGCUGUUUUAGCAUUUCAAAAAAAUAUCCACCUUUUGUUGCUGCUGUUCAACUUUUUUCAAACAUGUUGCUGCCAUCAAAUUCAAAGUGGUCAUAUCAUUUUACAAAACAAUGUUUCUCAGUUUCAACAGUUGAGUUGUAAGUAUUUUCAAUUAAAUAAGAAGUUUCAAUGUUUUCACAUUAUCACAUUUUUUUUAUUUCUAUUAACAUUUUAUACAGCAUGCCAACUUCUUUUUUUUUUAUCUUAAUUUGUCUUAAUUUAGUUUUUUAAAUGUUCACUCUCCUUUUUGUGCGGAGGAUUUGUGGACAUAUAACAUUUAUGUAAAGAAAUUCAUCUCUUAUUUCAGAUUACUCUGCACAUACAGCGAGGAAGUGCAUUUAUGUCUCAAUGGCUUAAUAGAUUACAAUCAGAACACAGUCUUCUGUAUAUGUCCAAGUCUAUGCACAGCCUGUACAGACUGAGCGCACAUAUUCAGUGUUUCCUUCAGCUUUUUAUCAGUUACUGUACAUACAGGCCUGGUGCAUAGUUGCAUUUGGGAUUACUUGAAUGUUUACUGUGUUUUGGCAUUUUUAGUCCAACUGGUCAGCUGUUUUUAUUUUUGAUUACAUAGAAUUUAAUUAUGUUUCAAUUAUUUGUCUCAACGUUUCUGUUUACAGUGGUAAUGUUCAGAGGAAGCAUACCUAAUUCUGCCCUGCAAACGGUGAAGUCUACUCUAUUUAUAGUUCUGUCUGCAGGGUUGUGGCUGGAUGUGUUGCACAAUUUAGCCAUCCUACUAUAUCUCUCUACUGCUCUCUUUCUAUCAAACCUGCUGACAAGUUCAUGAACACUUGGUGGCAGAAGAAGACUGUUGGAUCAACAGAUUUUAUGAGUACUGUGAGAGAGGCGGAGCAAUGCUGCAACUGUUUUACCCGCCUAAAUCCAGAAAUGAAAGUGAAACAGUGCUGCAGAACAUAACUUCUGUUUUGCUGUAAAAGAAAGUUUGCUGCGUCCACACCAGAGUCCACAACACUGACAUGUUUUCUACAUACAGUCUCCUCUCUGAAGAACAGUUUCUCUGUUCCAUCUGUCUGGAUGUGUUCACUCAUCCAGUCACCAUACCAUGUGGACACAACUUCUGCAAGAAAUGCAUCACACAACACUGGGACGUUAACGUUCAAUGUCAGUGUCCCAUGUGUAAAGAUGUCUUUGACAGAAGGCCUGAGCUACGGGUCAACACAUUCAUAUCUGAGAUGGCUGCUCAGUUCAGACAGUCAGCUGUAAAUAAAGCCAGCAGCUGCUCUGUGCAAAAAUAUGCCAACUCAGGAGGAGACGUUUUGUGUGACGUCUGCACCGGAACCAAACUGAAGGCUCUGAAGUCCUGCCUAACGUGUCUGGCUUCCUACUGUGAGACUCACUUGGAGCCUCAUCACAGAAUCCCAGGUCUGAAAAGACAUACAGUGAUAGAUCCUGUGGAGAACCUUGAAGAGAGAAUGUGUAAGAAGCAUGAUAGGCCUUUUGAGCUGUACUGCAAGACUGACCAGAUGUGUGUGUGUCUAUUCUGCACUGAGUCAGAUCAUAAGCCUCAUGUCUUUACUUCUGUGGUAGAAGAGUAUAAGGUAAAGAAAGCUAAACUUGAGAAGGUAGAGGAUGAAAUUCAACAGAUGAUCCAGGAACGACGACUGAAGAUUCAGGAGAUCAAGCAAUCAGUGAAGCUCAGCCAAGAAGAUGCAGACAGAGAGACUGCAGAGAGUGUGGAGAUCUUCACUGUUCUGAUCCAGUCUGUUCAGAAAGGGUUGGCUCAGCUCACUGACACAAUCGAAGAGAAGCAGAAAACAACAGAGAAACAGGCUAAAGGCUUCGUCAAAGAGCUGGAAGAGGAAAUAUCGGAACUGAUGAAGAGAAAAGUUCAAGUGGAUCAGCUCUCACGCAUGAAAGACCACCUCCAGUUCCUCCAAAGCUUCCCAACCCUGAACACUGCUCCACCCACCAAAGACUGGAUGGAGGUCAGAGUUCACUCAUCAUACGAGGGAACUUUAAGGAGAGCUGUGGUCCAGCUGGAGGAGACACUCAGUAAACAGAUGAAGAAGCUGUGUGCUGAUACUGAGCUGAAGAGAGUCCAGCAGUAUGCGGUGGAUGUGACUCUGGAUCCUGACACUGCAAGUCCCUAUCUCGUCCUGUCUGAUGAUGAGAAACAAGUAAAGUCUGUUGUGAUAGAAAAGAAUAUUCCCGACAAUCCAAAGAGAUUUUCCAUGUGUAAUGGGGUCUUAGGAAAGCAGGGUUUCUCUUCAGGCAGAUUUUACUUUGAAGUUCAGGUUAAAGAUAAGACAGAAUGGGAUUUAGGGGUGGCCAGUGAACUGGUCAACAGGAAGGGAAAAAUCAAAUUGUCCCCUAAGAAUGGCUUUUGGACUGUAUGGUUAAGACAUGGAACUGAGUACAAAGCUCUUGCUGGUCCUGGUGUGCCUCUCUCUCUGAAGUCGAAGCCACAGAAGGUGGGGGUGUUUGUGGAUUAUGAGAAGGGUCUGGUCUCCUUUCAUGAUGCAGAUACAGCUGCUCUCAUUUACUCUUUCACUGGCUAUAACUUCACUGAGAAACUCUUACCAUACUUCAGCCCCUGUGGUAUUGCUGGUGGCAGAAACGCUGCCCCCCUGAUCCUUCUCCCUCUUCCUUUGCCAUAAUUCAAAGGAAAAGUUUUUAUUGUGGUUACAGCACCCCAAACCAAAUAUUGUUUAAUGUAAAGCUAUGAUCCAGACAGCAGGAGAAAUCUUAUUCCUCAUCUUGAAGUUUUUUGUAGGUUUGGUGUUCACUCUAGCGUCACCUCAACCUGGAGCUCUUCACAUGAACAGGCUACCUGCUGUCCUUCAUUCAUUUUUUCUCUGCAAACCAAAAACAGGACUGUUAUCAGUCAUCAAUAUGAAUGGACUCAACAAAUUAGUCAGGUUCAGUUUAAGGCUUGACUGCUGUUUCCUUUAAAUGUUUGAAUCAUGUAAGGUCACACAUUCAUCUGUUAAUGGAACAUGUUCCUGUUCAUCUGUUUUAGGCUGAUGUUUUCCAGAGAAUUAAUGUUGUGAUAAAAAAGCAUACUAAAAUGUGGUGCUAUAAUAGAGGUUUUGUCUAGACUGGUCAACUAUGGUUUUAAUAAUAAUGGUAAUUUUUGCUGUUGCCAAGAUGUUGAUUUUCAGUUACUGGAUUGGUAAUAUUGACUCCAAUAUUCCAUUCAAGACUAAUUGUUUAAAUUCCCUCCUGAAAACGGCUAAACCAGUAAGAACAUAAUAAUGGUAGAGAUGGUCUUAUGUGGUCAACCCAUGUCCUGAAAACCUGGAGAAAACAUAUGUAUUUGUCUUAUUUUUUGUGUGUAUUGAUUUGUCAAACAUUUCAGUAUAUUCAUUUGUUUUUUUUGUAUUGUUUAAUUUGUUGAUUUGCUUGUAUUAGCAGUAGAGCUUUCACAAAGAUAGUACAGUAGUACCAAUUUCAGAGACAGUGUUAGAAUUAGCGACUUGUCUAAUACAAAUUGCUCAUUUAUACCUUAUCCUUAACAUCUACCCCUAACCCGCUCUACUGUGCCUAACUAUAACCUAACCCAAGCAUUAACCCCAUACUUGAUUAUGGUUAGAAUUUGACUCAUGUAGGUGUUGUCAUGUUCAUGGUGUGUUGUGUAUGUUGGCUAUCUUUUAUCACUUUUUAUAUAAUCCAUUACAUUAAAUAAAAUGAAAUGAAAACACAAA